CUGGGAGUCUGGGAGGAGAAGAAGAGAAACUCAAAUCUAGCUUGUUUACAUUUGUUUCUGAUUUUUCGUCCGCUAGGGAAAUUUCAUGAAUUAAAUGAAAAUGCUUGAAUCAAAAGGAUUUCCAGCAAUCAGAAGGAAUAUUUUCAACCACUUUUUCGCUGAAAAAAGUGUUUGUUUGCAGCCAAAUAAUGUUCUUUAUGGAUGUAAACGAUAUGCGACUGAUAAAGCGCAUGCACCUAACACUCUCGAAAAAUAUCUGCUUGUUUGGAUGAAAAAGUAUCCAUCGGUGAAAGAAGUCCCGAACCAUGUGACGUUUGCCAUGAUGGAGCGUGUCCGAAACAGUGCCCGCAUCCGGAUUGGCAUCUUCCUCACCAUCCUGACGGGGUUGGUCAGCGUUGGCAUGAUCUACUCGGGGAAGCAGGCCGCCAAGCGGGGAGAGUCGCUGGUCAAGAUGAACAGGCAGUGGCACGAGGAACAAAACGCCAAGAAGUGAACGCUUCUUGGCGCUUUGGCCCUCCGCACUUACCUACUAUUCGUUGUGUAUACCUACUGUAUAGUUGUUGAUGAAAGCUGUUAAUAAAUAUCUUUGUUGUGA